AUGUCAGCCGCUGCUCAACAAUUCGAACUUAACGAGGCGUGUGUCUGCAUCUUCAAAGGAGCUCCCUUUGACGCCAGAAUAGUCGGCAUCAAGGAAGAGAACGGCGUCCAAAAAUAUGUGGUCCACUAUCAUAAUUGGGCAAAGAGACAUGAUGAGAAAAUCCCAUUCGGAUCGGAUCGUCUUCACAAAGGAACUCUUGAUGAGUACUUGAAAGCUCAUGGAAUGGAAGAUGCGGGCGUGGCGAAUAAAACACCGAAGACACCAAAAACUCCUAAGACCCCGAAGACGUCAGCCGCAACGACUUCUUCCGCCAAAAAGACACCAGCAGCUGCAAUUGCUACAGUAGCCAAGACGCCAGCCGCCAAAACUGCAACCCCAAAAACUCCAGCUACUAAAACCCCAGCCGGCAAAACCCCAGCCACCAAGACUCCAACCGCCAACAAGCGAAAGGCGCCAGGAACCCGACGAAGCAAGGUUGAAGCACCAGUCGACACAGAGGAUGAAGCUGAGGAUCAGAGUCAAGAUGAGGAGUCCCAAGAUGAGGAGGAGGAAGUCGAGGAGUCCCAGGAUGAGUCGUCAGGACAGCCAGAGCCCAGAAGAACUGUAGUCAGCAAUGAGCCAAAGAUGCUUCAAAUCACUUUGACACCAGCAAUGCUUCAAUUGCUCAAUGACGACUGGCUCAUGGUCAAGAAGAAGAAUUACGUCGUCAAGAAUCUUGGCCCUUCCAUCGACACAAUUGUGAAGGAGUACAUCAGUCAGAUCACUGUGACCGAUGAUGAACAACGGGAGAUGGACAAUUUUAUUGUGGAGUUAGACGACAACCAACGUCGCGAGCCAAAGAUUGGACUGAUCCAUUCGACUCGAGCAGUCGUUGACUAUUUCAACACAGUUCUUGGAUACCGUCUGCUCUACCCAAGUGAACGUCCACAAUACAACAAUCUCGUUCAGGAGGAAGCAAGACGUCUGGGAGUCCCAUUCGAAGAAGUUGGAAAUCUCGGGUUCCGUGCUUCCGAGCAUUACGGAAUCAUUCACCUCAUUCGCCUCAUCUCGAUGAUGCCAAAGCUGCUGGCAAACGGUCCAGCGCAUUCAGGAUUGGUCAUCCACAUUCAAAUCGGAAUCACCUCCCUCCUGGAGUAUCUCUCCGACUACUUGGAGACCCAGUUCCCGGAGCCAGCGACUCUUCGAGCUCAAUAUGGAAACGCUGAGGAGGAGUCCGAACUGAUGGUCUAA